AGUCAAAGUCAAAUCAAAUGACAUUAGUUGGAAUUUAGGCAUAAUUUAAGCAGCUGUGACCAAAAUUCAAAAUUUUUGUAGCAAAUGCACUCAAUAAUAACUUAGAUCAAAUGGCUAUUAAAGUAUGGUGUUACUUGGACGUCAUCAGUUAAAACCUCAGCAUUUUCUUAUCUACUGUUCUCGUUUUCGUCAAAUUAAUGUUGAAAUAUUUCGAUUCCUCAUGUCUAUCCCAUCAAGUUCCAGCCGCAAACCACCAAUUAAAAUACCAUCUUCAUCACCGGGACGAAAAUCGUACAAACCAAUUACACCUAAAGACGUGUAUCCAACCAUAAUGGAACUGCGAGUAGGUGUUAUGAACUAUGCAUGGGGUAAGAUUGGCAGCAAUAGUGAAGUUGCCAGAUUGAUUAAAAAUGAUGGAACUGUUUCAAUUGAUGAAAACAAACCAUAUGCUGAAUUGUGGAUGGGCACCCACCCAAAUUGUCCUUCUUAUAUCAAAUCAUCUGGUACAGCGUUAAGCACUGUGCUGGUAAACUACCCAAAAUACCUGGGUGAUAAAAGUAUCAUGACAUUUGGGUUAAAAUUGCCAUUCCUUUUUAAAGUCCUCAGUGUUCGCAAAGCACUCAGCAUACAGGUGCAUCCUGAUAUAGAUCGUGCCAAAAAACUGCACAAAACACAUCCAGAAUUAUAUAAAGAUCCAAAUCAUAAGCCAGAGCUUGCCAUAGCUUUAACUAAUUUUCAAGCCAUGAUUGGAUUUCGACCUUUUGAGGAAAUCCAGAACAAUUUAAAAGAAAUAUUUGAAAUUCAAGAUGUUAUUGGCAAAGAUGCUUACUUGACAUUCCUGGGAUUGGUGGACCAACAAACUGCAAACAUCAUUAUUCCUCAGUGCUUUAGGAAUUUGAUGAUAAGUUCUGAACUUGAAAUUCGCAAAGCACUCACUGCAUUUGCGCACAGACUUAAAUCGACGCAAAAUUUGAGUGCCGUCCAAGCCAACUUGUGCACAUUGAUCAUUAAGCUUUAUCAACAAUUUCCGGAUGAUGUAGGUUGCUUUGGACCAAUAUUUUUGAAUGUGAUCAAUUUGUCGCCGGGGCAAGCGAUAUUUUUGGGCGCAAAUGAGAUUCACGCUUAUAUUGAAGGAGAUUGUAUUGAAUGUAUGGCAUCAUCGGAUAAUGUAAUACGUGCUGGUUUGACUCCGAAGUUCAAAGAUGUCGAGACACUCUGUUCCAUCUUGAACUACAAUGGAGCACCGCAAAAGUCGAAAUUGUUUCAACCAAUCAAGGAGAAUGAAUUUACCAAGCUUUUCAGGCCGCCUGUGAAUGAUUUUGCGGUAGCAGUAACAGAAAUACCUAAGGGAAAAACGGUUACUUUAGUCAUAAGGACAGUAGCGAGUAUUGCGCUUUUCGUUAAAGGAUAUGGACACACACAUGAUUCCAUUGUGUGCUCGCCUGGCACCGUCUUAUUCAUUCCUGCCAAUGAAGAAGUUCGCAUUAUGGAUGUAACAGAAGAUAUUACAUGCUACAUUGGCUUGGCGAACAUCUAACGUGUACCACAUUAGAUUUUUAGAGUUUGGUGUAAGAUUUGUAUGGGACAAUUAUUAAUGGUGUUGUUAUUGAGUAUAAAUAUUUUCUUAUUAAAUUAUAUGAAUAAUGGUAAUAAUAAUAAAGUCAGGUGUGGGGUCAGGUUA